AUGUCUACGGAAGAGUUGCUCCAGCGGUAUCAAGGCCAUAUCGUGCCUCAGAGCUACAAUGCUGGGUUCGUUGCCCUGAGUUAUGUCGUCAGCCUGGUCGGCGCCGGUUCAACCCUCGAGCUCAUCAAUCGAAGAACCGGGUUAAGGGGUCUGUUCAAUCACCUACUGCUCAUGAGCUCAGCAGUUACUAUGGGUGGAGUAUCUAUCUGGUGUAUGCACUUCAUCGGAAACAGAGCCAUCGAUCUCGCCGAUGGUCAGCCAGAAUUGCAGGUCGCCUAUUCAAGCGGCUUCACUGCUAUAUCUUUCUUCGUCCCCAUAAUAGUUCUUCUCGCUGCCUUCAUGGCUGUUGGCACCAACAACGUCGUUUCAUGGUGGAGGCUUGUCGCAGGUGGUGUACUCUGCGGGACUGCGGUCUGCGGUAUGCACUACCUUGGCAAUGCUUCCAUCAACAACUAUACGUGCGUGUACCAACCAUCAUACGUCAUUGGAUCGGCCAUCAUCGCCAUUGUUGCAAGUAAUGUGGCAUUGGCCAUGUUUUUCGUGUUUCGGGCGAUGUGGGCGAAUGCAUGGUGGAAGCGAGUCAUCUCAGCCGUUGUCCUCGCCGGGGCUGUUUCUGGGAUGCAUUGGUGCGCUUCUGUAGGCACUCGUUAUCGACUGAAGAGGAUCAAGCCCAACGGCAACGAGCCAUCGAGGACAGGGACGGUUGUUGUUGUCAUUUGCUUGUCAUUAGGAGCCUGCUUCAUCAUUGCCACUUCGGCUAUUCUUCGAGCUAGGAACAUGAGAAGGUCCGCCCUUCGUGCCCAGCAGAUCACUCUUGCAGCAGCGGUCUUCGAUAAAGGAGGAAGGAUUCUCGUUGACCCAGAUGGAUACAUCCCAAGCACCGUGGUGACUGAUUCUUUCCUGGAAAAGCAGAAUGCCAAGGAGGGUUUCAAUACCGGCCACUCGCUGUUCCAUUGGAUGUACCAAGCAUCAAGAAAUUGGAACAUGAUAUGGAGCCUUGUUGGGGGAAUGAGACAACAUGUGUCACAACUUCCACAUUCCCGUACUCAUAAAGAUGGACGACGAGGCAUCCAGCUUGUGAGCGAACAUGGCGAGACUAUCGACAGCUAUGACAUGAUAUUCCGAGAGCUUUUCUGUCUCGCCGCAGCUGCUCUAGCUGAUAGACUUCGUGAGGACUUGACGUCCAUCGGAGUUUUGUGGGAUCAAAUUCUGCCAACAGGUGCCAACGGUAGACGGCCUCGGCCCCAACUGCGCAAGCAAUCAAAUGCUGGGACAGGCUUGGAAGGCAGUGACGCCAACGAGGAAGUCCACAACAGCCUGGACAUUACGGAGAAGGGCCUACAUGUGGAGAACCACGACUAUGGGCGUGGAUCUCUGAUGUUCCUUGUCCGCCGUUCCGAGUCGGUUCGCGAUACUGAGCGUCUGAUAUCCACUGGAUAUCGGUUUGCCGAGUUGCAUCAAGUCAGCGACCUCAUCAAAUCGAGUAUGCAGAUCAAAACCCACGACUUUGAGACAAAACUGAGGGAAAUGGCUACAUAUACAAGCGAACGCAAUCACAUCCGCCAAGGAACUCACCUGGGCUUCUUUGCUGUCCGAGCUCGUGUCAGUUCUGGCUUCGAAGUCUUGGUGAGAAAAGGCGCACGCCAUUUGCUCCCAUCGAUGCCCUUCCCCUUUGAGAAUCUUGAAGACUGGCAAAUGCACUACCUCAGGAGGUUCGAGAAUGUACCAGUAUCCAAGAUCGUGGAGAAGUGCAAGGAAGACUCUCAACGGAGUGAUCGAGAGGCUGAGUUCGCUGGGCAGAUUGCAGAUACCAUCAAAGAGUUGCGCGAAUCGACACAGGAGCCCUUGCUCGAGGAUGCACUUCUCACAUCAACAGCAUUCCGCAUACCUUGUCGCGGGGAUGAGAAGCGAUUGGAGGCAACCAUGAUAGCUGUGAGACUAGUGAUUCCGAUUCAUUCGGUAUUAUCAAGCCCCAACUGCGAGUUUGUGCCCCUCAGCUUUUUCAGAAUGCGUCAAGUAUCGACCCAGUCCUAUCAGGAGUUUACUCGAGGGCUACACCAGGAGUUUGGCCACAUCGCGAAGACGGCGAAGCGCCAAGAGGGCUCCCAGGAUAAGAUCAGCCCCUCCUUAUCUAGUCGGUGGCCAUUCGGGCGAUCAGAGACCACUCGAAGUACACGGACUAGAGGAAAAUCGCUCUCAAGAAUAUCUGGGCACGUUGUAUCAUCAAAUGACUCGGCAAGGUCCAGCUCGACCAUCAACCUUUGCUCGCCAGGGACUAACGCACGAACGCAGUCAAUCGACUCAGGGGAAGGAUCGAGCACAUACGUCCCGCGACAGGAGCCACUGCAAGCAACUCCAUCAUAUGGUGGCAUCAUGGUGUUUCAAGAGAUUACUGUGGAUGUACAAGAAGGAGGUGAGACGGCUGCCAGGAAGCCAAGUCACGGUUCUGAGGUCGACACAAUAACAAUUGAGAGAACAAUAUCCAAACCGUCCGCUGCAGCAGGUAUCGAGCUGCAGUCGAUGGGGCAUUUCGGCGCCAACGAUAUUGGCACUCAGUUAUCCAACGAUAUCGAGGCUGGUAUAUGUAUCUGCCUCUACCUUACUCUGCACAUCUGCCCCUCUUGGUUUCAGUCGAAAUACCACACACCUUCUUCAUCGCGAUAUCGCACCAAGUCUCUGAAUAAACUACCGCUGAAGGUUGUACUGUUGCCACAAAUGCCGGCCUUUGCAGGCGCGCCAAGAGGACUCAUUCGUCGGUUCUGGCUGCCAGGCGUUGUCACUACAUCUGCGACUGUUCUCAUCUAUAGCUACCGUCCCCGUGAUUUCACUGGCCAUACAUCACCCGCAGUUCCGCCUCCAACCUUUGGCGCUGAUGGCACUUUCAAGCUUCCCCGAUUUCCUCGUGUCAAAACACGCGAAGAGCAGCUAGACCAACUCCGAGGAAGCUCACGGCCUCAAGUCCAGCAAUAUGACAUACUUGUCAUUGGGGGUGGUGCCACUGGUGCUGGUGUCGCCCUCGACGCUGCUACUCGUGGCCUCAAAGUAGCUGUCGUCGAACGUGACGAUUUCAGCAGCGGCACGAGCAGUAAGAGUACCAAGCUGGUUCACGGAGGUGUUCGCUAUCUCGAGAAAGCCGUCUGGAACUUGGAUUAUAACCAGUACUUGCUCGUCAAGGAGGCUCUAAAAGAGCGCAAGUACUUCCUACAGACGGCACCCCAUCUGAGUUCCUGGCUCCCCAUUAUGCUGCCUCUCGAUAAGUGGUGGAAAGCUCCCUAUUACUGGGCUGGCACUAAGUUCUAUGACUUUCUUGCCGGUAGUGAAGGCAUUGAGGGGUCUUACUUUCUGACUCGAAGUAAGGCACUUGAGGCCUUCCCUAUGCUUAAACCUACAGAUCUUGUCGGUGCUCUCGUGUACUACGACGGUGCACAUAACGAUUCGCGCAUGAAUGUUUCUAUCGCAAUGACCGCUGCCCUCUAUGGCGCAACUGUUGUCAACCAUGCUGAGGUCACAGGACUCAUAAAGAAUGGCGACGGAAACCUUUGCGGCGCCAUAGUUAGGGAUCUUGUUUCUGUAAAGGAUGGUCGACCAGCCGAAGUCAUAACUGUUCGCGCAAAGAGUGUCAUCAACUGUACGGGGCCUUUUACUGACUCUGUUCGAAAAAUGGACGACCCAGGCUGCAAGGAAAUUGUGGCCCCAGCAUCUGGAGUUCACGUCAUUCUCCCUGGUUAUUUCAGUCCAGGGAAAAUGGGACUGAUCGAUCCGUCGACGUCUGACGGCCGGGUCAUCUUCUUCCUCCCAUGGCAAGGCAACACUAUCGCAGGCACCACCGAUUCCCCUUCGACCAUCACACCAAAUCCUCUACCCGACGAGAAGUCUAUCGAGUGGAUCCUGAGCGAAAUAAGCCACUAUCUUUCCCCAGAGAUAAAUGUUCGCAGAGGUGAUGUCCUCGCUGCCUGGUCCGGUAUUCGCCCGCUCGUCAAGGACCCUAAAGCCAAGAACACCGAGUCCCUUGUUCGAAAUCAUCUGAUUGAUAUCUCCGCUUCUGGCUUGUUGACUUGUGCAGGCGGGAAAUGGACAACCUAUAGACAAAUGGCAGAGGAGUGCGUGGACUUUGCCAUUCAAGAAUUUCGUCUUGAGCCCCGGCCUGUUGCAGAUGCACCUCGUGUCAGCGGUACCGAUCUAAUUGACGAUGGGGCAAUAUUGGAUGGCAAAUGUCAGACGCACAAGGUUCGUUUACUUGGUGCUCACGGCUUUAGCCCAACACUAUUCAUCCCUAUUAUCCAGCACUUUGGGGUUGAGACUGAGGUCGCCAAACACUUGACUGAGUCCUAUGGUGAUCGUGCCUGGACUGUUGCCUCGCUUUGCAAGCUGACUGACAAGCGCUUCCCCGCCCGUGGUGAACGCAUCUCCCAGCUCUAUCCAUUUGUUGAUGGUGAGAUUCGAUAUGCUAUUCGACACGAGUACGCCCAGACGGCCGUUGAUGUUCUCGCUCGACGCACGCGACUAGCCUUUCUCAAUGCGCAGGCUGCCCUCGAAGCCCUCCCCAAGGUAAUAGACAUCAUGGCUGAAGAGCUCAAGUGGAGCCGUCAACGAAAGGAUCUCGAGUGGAAAGAAUGUGCGUACUAUGACCAAUUUCCCAUCCCAUCUGUGUCUGCCAUGACUAGGUUACCGCACUCACACAAACCUUUAGCUGUUGCCUACUUAGAGUCUAUGGGUUUACCAAAGCCCAUGCUUACCGUGACACGGAAGCAAGUUGAGCAAGGAAAGCUUGACUUUGCCAGCUCGCUAGAAUGGCAGAUGUAUUCACGCCAUGAUAAGCCGACCGACUAG